AUGACCAAGCUGGUAACAGACAUUAAAGAAAAGCUAAAGCUCUCUAAAAAGUUCUGGUCAACAUUGCCCUACACAAUCUGCAAGGACGAGCGAGUGACAGCGGGUCCGUCCGUCGAGGAGGACUGCUGGAAUGGCCACACCAAGGCGAGAUAUUUGCCUGAGAUUAUGAAUGAUGGCUUGACCAACCAGAUCAACAAUCCAGAAGUAGAUGUGGACAUCACAAGGCCAGACACCUUUAUUCGACAGCAAAUCAUGGCCUUACGUGUCAUGACUAACAAACUGAAGAACGCGUACAAUGGGAAUGAUGUCAACUUCCAGGAUACGAGUGACGAAACCAGCGGCUCAGGCAGCGGGAGCGGCUGCACAGACGACAUCUGUCCCACCGAGUUUGACUUUGUCACCACUGAAGCACCGCCUGUCGACUCGGACAGGAGAGAGGUGGAGGCUUCAGCCACACAGCCUGGCUGGUCACUGCAGACAUUGCUCGUCAUCUUCCUCAGCCUUGUACUGCAGAGACAGUGGAGAUAAUCCUGGAUCUAGUCAGAGAAACUGUGUUUUAGCUACAGAAACAGCCUACUUUCUUCUUUUCUUAUACUCUUGGACAAUGGACCAUGCCACAAACACUUGCAGUUUUCUACAAGAUGGCAGUUAUUGCAACCUGCUUCCCAUUUUAGUUUUCCCAAAGAGUACCAGGUGCCAGACUGAACUGCUUCCUGUUUUUUUCAGAUAUCUCUGAAGACAAUAUCCACUCUUGAGAGAAUUCUUUCUCAAUCCUUUAUUACAGGAGACUUUGUGAGCUUCAUUUCCUUUUAUGCUGCAAAAGGGAAAAAAGAUCUUACAGUGUGUUUUUCCCCAGUGAGAAAAAAGACGGGGGAAGAAACCAAGAAAGUUUUCUUUCUGAAUCAAGCCUGACUCAAGGCUGCUGCAUUUCAACAGAAUAUCAACAAAACAAAACAAAAAAAAGACAAGAAAGGAACAAAAAAAAUGCAACUGUUCUUCACUGACAGCCAGGUUUCCUUUAGGAACUUCUGUAGGAUGAUUCAGGUCAUCAGAAUGAUCACUGUUAUAGGGAGGAAGGCUGAAUUUUUUUUCCCCAACACUAAAAAAGUAUGUCUCAGCAGUGAAUGUCUUGCACUCCAUCUGCCAACCACAUCAGAUUGGUAUGAAGGUAGAGAAGCUGAAAAAUAAGUUUAUCUUUUAGUAUGGUAGUAGCUCCACUAGCUUCAGAAUGUCAUGUUACAGUUGCUUAGGAUUUGAAUCUUAAUGCCCAGUAAAAAUAUGAGUAGUAGCACGAUUUCACCUAGUUUCUUUUAGGAUUUAUCCAUGUUAUAGAAUAGUCAGUUUUCCACUUAGCUCACCCCUGUGAGCUCACCAGCCAUGAUGGUAAUGUUAAACAACUCUCUUGACCCCUCAC